AUGUGCGCGAAAGUGGUUGUUCAGAAGCAACCCAUGACUACAGAGAUGGUGGCGAUCAAGGUGUUCCACAAACGUCAAUUGGCCUAUUACACUCUCUCCAAGAAAGCAAAAUCAACCUUCGCUGAAUGUCUGGCUAGGGAACGAGAUACGCUGGUGGCGAUUACCGAAAGCCGGAGUCGGUAUUUGACCCCCCUCUUUGAAGCCUUUCAAGACAAACACAACGUCUAUUUCGUCUUGAAAGCCUAUCCACUGUCGCUCUCUGAUUUGAUAAGUCUAAUGCGGGAUUUAGGCAAAAGACUAACUCCCGGAGCGAUCAAGUUCUACGCUUCAGAGUUGCUGGUCGCCAUCGAGCAACUCCAUUCCCUGAAUAUCGCCCACCGUGACAUAAAGCCAGACAAUAUCCUUAUAUCCUCGAAUGGACAUCUCGCACUCGCAGACUUCGGUCUCUCUGUCCGUAUCCCUCCCGAUGACCAGCGCCCGUUCACUAAGCAGAUCAGGUACGACGCCGUCGGCACGCCCGCAUAUUGUGCCCCAGAGUUAUGGCGUGCAGAUGUUUCGAAGAAGGGCUAUCUAGUUGCUGCUUCAGACAUAUGGAUGUAUGGCGCUGUCGUCCUGCAAAUGUGGUUGUCCAAACGUCUACCUUUCUUCAGUCCCGAGGGCGAGGAUCGGGGUGUUAUGUUCGAUAUGUACCAGUUGGUUGAGGAUCCCGUCGUUGCAGACUUCCUAUCUUCUAUUGUUCAUGCCCCGGAGGAUUUGAGGCCCUAUAUCCCAACGAUUAAAGCACACAAGUUCUUCGCGACAAUUAAUUGGCGUAGUGUCUGUAGCAGUUUCGAUGACCAGGAAAGAUCACGUUAG